UAACACAUUACCUAAAAUCCCCUGCUUGUGCUGAGGUACAAGAGACUGCCGUUGAUAGGCUGAGCGAGGUCAUCAUCAUCCUCUCCAGAAUUCAGCGAAAUCUCUCUGUAUUUCUGUUUAUUCCUUUCCCUUUGUGUCUCUCGCAUCGGCACUACCAUCUUCAUUUCUUCAUCAUCAUCAUCAUGGGCAAUUGGCAAUUGGAGGCUGGCAAGAUGUGCCUGUAUGUGUUUGCACCCAUCUCCGCAUUCUAUCUUUUUCAUCAGGUCGACUAUUUCGAGGAUUUCAUCAAAUCGUUUCAACGGAAACAGCGCAAUGAAGUGACCGUGAAAGAGGAGUCCCUUUUCAGGAAUAGCUUGAACGUCAUCCAAGAGGCCAAGACGCCUCAACAGGAUUUCCACUUGCAGCUUCGUCAGUGGGAGCAAGCCCAACAAGCCCAACAAGCUCAGCCACUCGAGGUGAUCAAUAUCGUGUCCCGCAUCGGCAAGACAUCAGCACGACCGAACACGCCGGGCAUCACCUUGAAGUUCUGCGUCUCAGACAUCGGGCUGAGAUCCCUUCAAAAUUGUCGUAAUCUCAAGCGAAUCACCAUGAACAAAUUGUGA